AUGGAUUUUCAACAAAUAAAUCGUGCGUUGCACAGUUUAUCCACCAUAACUCUGGCAACACAGGUACUGUUCCACUAUGACAAUCCUCUCACGGAACGAGAAGCCGCUCAGCUUGCAGAAUUUCAAAGAUCCCGUCUCGAGCAGUUGGAAGCCGGACUUAUUGUAGGUGAAAUCCCUGAUGAAAUGCAGCAGCUUGCGUCACGUCCUUUGCAUGGGGUGCAUCCACUUCUGGUUGUUCAGUGUGUGAUGGCGGCUUCGCGAUUGCCUCACUUACCCAAUACCCGGCAGCGUGUGCUCCAAACGAAGCUUUUGCCAUAUGUGGCCGCCAGAACACCACUGGGUAUUGACGAAUGGUGUGCAGCAUUGCAUGCGUCAACUCAUUUACCAAUCCAGAGCUCGACUGCGAGCUUACAGUGUGUAGAGAAACUCAUUUCCCUAUCUGCGCCUGUGAUUUUCCCGUGCCCAAGCACUCCCGGUGCGAAUGAUGUGGACUUAUCAACGUGUGCGGCGGAUGCCGAAGGUGUGAAGGCAUCCGGGCAGGGGGUUGUGUCGCAUAAGCCAAGCAAUAUGGCAUGCCCGAAGCUGAAGUCUUACACCGUGUCCGAAGCUAAGCUGCUGCUACUAAAGGUACUUCCGAUAGUAGCACGGCAGUGCGUCUUAUCCAACACUCGACGGGUUCGUCAUGUGGACAAUGAUGACCUAAAAAAUUGUAUCGAGGAAAAAUUUGCUAAAGCGGACCGUCCGCACAGCAAGAUAAUUAAGCGACUGCGCCGCGUCCUACGAGAGGUAAUUUUUGGCUUGGAUCAUAAUGAAGAGGUGUACGAUCGCAUGCGCGAGGAGACUAAUACGUUAAUAAUGAGCCUCCCUCCUCAAGAUGCGGUUGUGAUUGCUUUUCUCCUAGGCGAUGGCACUGAUCAAGAAUUGAGGCAGGAAAAAGCCCUGCAGAGGCAUGAGGAGGAGGGUGAGGGCAAGAGCUCGAGUCUAUAUGGCCGCGAAAGACAUCCACUUUUCUCACUAGCCGUGUCUAAAGACCAACUGAGCAGCACUAUCAAGUCACAUCCCGGAAUGCUUGCGCUUUUCACAGAUACUAAGGCCGGUGCUCGCUACAAGUUGGGUCAGCUUUUCCUUUCAAAACCCGAAGAAAUUUUUCAGUUUUGUCUCUACAACAUGCGCUUGAACGGAUCUACGGUGUUGGCGUUUGAAGAUUACGUGUCGGUUCUAGAAAACGCAGCACCAUCACACAUUCUGGGUGACUGUUUCAUUUCAAGAGGCGAGGACUCCAUUAUGAUGCUUUUCACACCUUUCAUAAACAAUAUUAAGAUACUAACGGAGGAGGUUGCCUCUAGAGUGAGCCGGAAGUAUGUAAAUCUCUUCAUCCAAGCUGAGUGUCGACCGCGAGAGUGCGAAGAAGCGGAUGGGAUCAACCGUGCACUCUCAUUACGCCAGGGUCUAUUGCAAGCCUGUGUAACUAUGAUAUCGAACCGCUGCCGCGCCCCCCCUGAAAAGGCCUCAAUCAUGCGUCUCGUCGCGGAUAUAUUUCAGGCCCUUCUGUCCGACGGUAGUCAGCCCUCCGUAAACGAGUUGAACACAACAGAUCUAGCUGCGGUGUUGGAUCGCGAAAUGACCAUACCUGCAGUGGAGUCCCUUCAACAAGCGAUUCGCCUUGUGGUCCUUUUCAGAGUUGAAGGUGCUGUGCAAAAUGGCCUGACAGCGGCUCUGAAGACGGCCAAGAGAGAUGAAGCUGUGCGACGAACGCUUUUAGUGCAUCUUGCGCCAGGACAAAUUCCACAGAACAUAAAAGAUGAGCUUGUUCAGCAGUUACUAAAAGACUGCUCGGAGGCAGAGGUGUUGCGUCCGGACGCAUAUUUGGCCCUAUAUUUUGUCUACGAGUCGAACCCUGAUGUUGUGGCUCGUCUCUGUCCACUGCUCUCGACCGCAGACGUGCUUAAUCAACUCGGUGGCAACAUUUACGAGCUACGGCGAAUGACAACGGUAGCGAUUGCUCUUGCUCGUGUUGGUCAUUUCAACCCUUUCGCGAUGCUGCUUACCCACCACCGCGGCCAGAUCCGGUGUCCACUCAUGGAUUACAUCCAUAGCAUUGCUAAUGACACACGCUCGGUUGCUACCCUCUGGGAACAUAUCACGCAGACGGUCUUUGGGCUGGACGAGGAAGCUAAGCCAAGGAUUUUGUCCUCCACAGCUCACAACGCCGUCCUGCCAGUUGCCUCUGCUCUUCUACGACACGCGGCCAAGAUCCCCAUCACGACUGUCUUGACAGAAGUACUUCUUUGCUGUGGUCACGACAAUGUUCAAGGCGAGGAUACAUUCUUUUACCUCCCAAGUGACGCCAGCAUCAAUCGGCAUGACAAAAAAUACAAGUGCGUCCGCUGUGAGACAUUCGAGGGUAUUUUCUCAGCCGAACGGGUCACGCUCCUGCAACAGCACGGCAAGGCGAUUUGCGCCUCGUUACUUAAUAAGAUGCUUACGGCACCGGAGUACAUGGCUCAGGCUGCCUGCCGCGGGAUGGUGCUACUGCUCACCCAGAUAAAGUUUAGUUCCUCUGAAGACAUCUUUGAGGCCCUGUUGCAGCAGUUGAGGGACUCGUCUGAUUACUUCAUAGGCCUAAGCGAUAUGGACGCCGCGAUUGCAUCGGAAUCCUCGAAUGAGAUGCAUCAAUUCGAAGAUGCUUACCUGCGGUCACAGCAGUUGUUAAAGAGCUACCCAGAUCGACCACCAAAGGGUAUGACGGAGGACGACUUCUUGUAUAUGAAGAGAAAGGACGCAAUCGCACUCGAGAAGGGGCGCGAGGUCUUUCGUAUGGAGAUAACGAAACGGACAAAGCACAUCUUGGGCACGGUGCGACAGCACAAGCACAUUUUUCUCACAGUUCGCCUGAUGGGCAUCACCAGCAAGUUUGACCAGCUAGCAAUUGCCAGCUUCUAUCCGUUUCUUCAGCAGACACUCAAUCAGGGACCUGAGAAGAUACCGGCGAUACUGAGUACCUUAGCGUUGGACGCCAUCGUGGCGUUGCUUCGUGGCACGCCGCUGCGCUACCUGGUGCGGGGUAUGGCCACCAUUGUGGCGCGUCUGAGCAAGGAAGAGACGCUUUCGGCGGGCGACGUCGCGCAGGUCUCGACGGUAGCUCAUAGCUUGCGUCAGGCCGUAACGCAGAUGCUGCCCGCACCGGUCUUUGUCGUUCUUGUGGCCUUUUCGAGGGUUGCGUUCAGGGCGGGGCGUGGGAGCAAUGCCAUCUCGACCACUAUCCCCGUCGCGACGCAGCACCAAAUAUUGGGUCUACUUCUGCAAAAUAUCGGCCAAAGUGAUCUCCCUAUCCCGACUGAGGCGAUGGAGCUCCUGAGCAUGAUCUUACGCUCCUUUCCUUCCCUCUACAAGAGCGUGCAGCAGGGUAUUUACACCCUUAUGGGAAUGAUCCCUACAUCCCACCUAUCAACCAUCGAAUCGGCGAUGUUCAACAGCACAGACGCCGUCCGUGAGGUGACGGCUGCGGCGCUUCAUCGUUUUGCGCACUUCGGUUCCUGCCGCCGGGCGCUUGUAAUGGCCGCGGUGUUCGUGAAAGACCCGUCUGCUAACGUGUCCAGGUACGUUUCGGCUAUCGUUGAGGAUAGUCGGUAUGGUUGGAGUUUGCAAGCAUCCGAUUGGAAGGAUUUACUUUAUUUCCUUGCCACUUACGGGCAACAGCAGUUCAAUGCGGGGCGAGUCGCGCUCACCAUGAAACUCCUUUUUUCUGAUGCGAGCGAGGAGCAGCAGAGUGGAUGGAUCGAUGACAUUGUCAGUGUCGGCGGGCUCGCGAGUGUUGUGGCCAUGCAACUGCUUUCAUCGACCUACCAGGGCGAGGUUUCGGCCAAGGUGAUGGAUUACCUAUGCUCUCUGAUUGAACACGUCGGUACGAAAGAAUACCUCAUGAAGGCGGUCGUCACGGCAGGGCGUGUUGUGCUCAAGGAUAUGAGCUUAGAUACUCUGAAGAAGAUUGCUUCAAGCCUCCAGAUGCGACUGGCAAAACCACCCAAGGAUUCUACUUCCACCCACAAGGAGCAGUACCUAGCGACAUCGACGAUCUGGCUCACCAUCAUCAGCUGCCAGCUUCAGGAAGUGAGUCUCCUGGAGUCUAUUAUUGAGCAGCAAAGCCGUGUGUUGAAUAAUUCUAAUUCGAUGAUGGUACAUCGCUGCGUGUGUGAGUGCAUGAUUGAGAUUACCAAAAACGAGAUGGUGCAGAGUUCUGUUAAGGUCGACGAAUUUGUUGAGAAAUGCAUAAAACAAACGAUUCAUUCAGGUUCGUACAUUAAGAAGAAGGCGCACGCAUGGGGCCUAGUCGGCAUCCUGCAUGGGCUUGGUCUGCUUUCACUUCGACGCUACCGCAUUAUUGAAAUUAUCCAAACUGCUUUGCACGAGAAGGAAAACGAAAAGUCCGGUGCGAUGGUGCUACUGGAGGUGCUCUGUGAGGUGAUGGGUACGAUUUUUGAGCCGUAUUCACUCGCCCUUUCUGAGGGGUUCUUGAAUUGUGUGGCGGACCCGGACCCUAAGAUAUCAGAGUGCGCUGGCGAUGCAGCUCGUGUGUUCAUGAGCAACCUCUCUGUUAUUGGUCUACGACAGCUCAUUCCUAAGUUGGUUGAGGGCCUUUCUUCGAAGCAGGCAAAGCAACGUGUGGCACCGCUGAACUUUAUCGGUUACGUUGCCUUUUGUUCUCCCAAGCAGCUGGCGGCGGCGCUACCGGAGAUCAUGAAACCCGUGCUGGCAUGCCUUUUUGAUGUCAACAGCUUUGUUUCUACCGCAGCUUACAAUGCACUGCGUCGUGUGGCCGGGGUCGUGUCGAACCCAGAGAUUCAGGAGCACGUGGACCUUAUCCUUCGCGCGAUGCGAUCGCCCAGCACAGACACCGAGAGCGCCUUGGACGCCCUGCUUUAUACGCGUUUUGUCAAUGCGGUUGACCCUGCAUCACUUGCAUUGAUAAUCUUCGUGCUGUAUCGUGGUUUGGGCGCACAAAUGCCCCACACAAGGCCGAAAGCUGCACAGAUCGUUGCUUCUAUGGUGAGUCUCGUCAAUGACCCCAAGACACUGCUCCCGUAUUCGGAGGAGUUAGUGCAUCUUCUGGAGGAAGCUGCGAUGGAUCCGCAGGCGGAGGCGCGCACAACCAGCGCUAAAGCGAUUGGCGCGCUUGCGUCUGCUGUUGGUGGACCGCUCGUCGACGAGGUCAUGAAUUGGUGCUUCGCUACGAUGCAGAAGAUUCACUCAAGCGCGAUCGAGAAGGCUGGUGCUGCGCAGGCCUUUGUGGAGCUGGUCAACGCAUGUGGGGACUCACUUCUCGAGUCGUGUUUCGCGACGAUUGAGGCCGGCAUGACGGAUGAGAAGCCGCCUGUUCGUGAGGGGUUCCUGUAUAUCAUGAUCUACGCCCCGUCUACCCUGAGCAGCGAAACCUUUCAAACCUUGCUACCACUGGCGUUCCCGUGGGUCCUGGAGGGGCUGUCGCAUUUCUCGGACAAGGUGCGCGAUGUAGCCCUUGUGGCCGGCGACAGCAUUAUCUCCUUGUACGGCACGCGAAAUCUUAGCCUGGUGUUGGAACCUCUACUGCGGGGCGUCUCCAGCGAGGUCACGACGCUGCGCCAAAGCUCGCUCCUGCUUUCCUCGAAGUUGCUGCUGCAUCUUGUCGCGCACAUCAAGAAGAAGACGCGCAUCCAGGCUGCGCUAGAUCAGGCCACAAGCGACCAGGAUCGGGAGCAGCUCAUGCAAGCCGCUCAGCUCAACCCUGAUCAGGGGCCGACACAGCAAUCAGGCUCCGCUGCGGGACCGGCGGGUGACGAAAACGGCACCGAUGCCGAAGGGAACUCGACGAUUCUUACGAUGGAAGCUGCCCGAGAAGUCGAAAAACGCGGUGUUUCCAUUCUUGGUACUCUUGAAUGGAUGCUGGGCACCGAUUCAUUUGUGCGAUUGCUCUCGGCGAUCUACUGUGGGCGUCACGAGCAUAGCGUUAAUGUGCGCAAUGACACCAACAUGGCUUGGCAGGCCUGCGUUGCUAGCAUUCGGGCUGCCGUCAACAAGAUUUUUGACGGCCUAGUGUGCUUGUUGGUACACCUGGGCUCAUCUUGUAACCCGGAUUGUGAGGAGGUCGCGGCCAAAACGAUCGAGUUCAGCAGUCGAAUGCAGGAAACGAUUGACAAGUUUGUGGUCUCCUUCUGCGAUACUUAUAAGGAGGGCUCGCAUCGUGCCAAGCUGGGAUCACUAAACGGCUUGGCAACCAUCGUGCAGUUUGCAGAUUCCAAGAGGCUUAUGGGCUUAGGCGGUCAAAUCAUCGGUUGCGUGCUGCCAGGGAUGCAGGAUAAAGAUGAAGCGGUGCAGGAAGCAGCGCGCAGAGUGUUUGCCCGUGUGACGAAGAUUGUGGGCCCAAGACUAAUUGAGAAUGCGGUCGAAGCCCAACUUAGCACUAGCGUGCGCGGCGUCGUGGAGGUGGUGAAGGUGAAACCGAAGAUCGCCUUGACCCUCGUGUUUAAAUACUUGAACUCGCAACAACAAUUCACAGAGACGCACCUCGAGCUGGUUCAGGCCAUCAUUGAGGUCGAAGAAGCUAGUGAGGAAAUCCGAAAGUACUACGAUGAUGUCAGCCGCUUGCUCUUGGAAUUUUUGGUACAGGGUGUCCGCUCUGCUAAGGAUGUGAUGAUUCAGUUUAUUGAGAUUCUGCCGCGUGAGUUUGAAGGUUUGCCUAUCGAUUAUAUUCAAAAGGCAUUGCGGGUUCCUCAACGUCGUCAUGGUGCUCUGCUUGCGGCGGAGGCCUUUGGUCUAGGGACGCAUAUUGAUAACACAGAUGGAAUUUCUGCCGUAUUGCUUGCUGUAAUUGAUGCAUGCGGCGAUGAGGAUGAGGAGAUUCGUCACGACGCGGUGCGUAUGCUACCAAAGAUCAUCUCUUCUCUUGAGCGGCGCAUCAUUAAUGAGCUAAGUGAGGAGGAGCAGCAGGACGUGACUGCAAGCAAGCGCGCCUCUGGCCGUUACCUGCUUAAUUACCUAGAAAUAUUCUGCAGCACUGUCUCUGCGGUCGCCCGUGCAUCUAUGUCUGAGACCCAUCGAGAAUUCUCGGCCCUUGGUGAAGGCGAGCCUCGUCUCUUCGAUGUAUUAAUGUCAUUUUACAACCGUGGCCUUGAUUAUGGCACACCACAGCAGAAAGUGGAAGCGGUUGAAGGGAUCCAGGACCUGCUGGCCUUCGCGCCACGUGCUAUUAGUGCUGCUGCGGCUAACACUGUUUCUGGGCGUUGCUCAAAGGUUCUUUUCACACGCAACGAAGGUGCCGUGGUGUUGGCGCUGGUGCAGCUAUGCUUGCAGCUCAUGAGCUACCCAGCCAGCGGGAAGGAGAAGCUUGUGGAAGGGACCAUGGCUCUGGCGAUGUUCAAUGCUGCCCUAUGCGACUCGGGUGAAGCCCGCACGCUAACUCUAUACGUUGUCAUUGAGCUUUUGUCGCGCUCCGAAAAGUAUGCGGAUUUGAUUCUCGGCACCGUCGUCACGAAGAAGUCGGCUGUGGACACGCCGAUGCUGCGCACGGUGAUGUGCCGUUUUAUAUCCACUGUUAUUCGUUAUUCUAACUUCACAAAGGCGUUUCCUCAUAUCGCCAAGCUCAUGGAUGUUGUGCGUCCACUAUGGGACCACGCUGAAACACCCGCAGUAGCAGCGGCCGCUGGUGUCGCUGUCGGUGCACUCUGCAAGUCCGCCACCAUCACAGACGACGUCCUUAGCGAUAUCAAAGAGAUCACGCUGGAGACGACCUCCGCCAAGGGUGUUCAGGCGCUAGCGGGCUUCGCACUCGUGUAUUCCCUCAUUUCCUGCGCUCCGGAUCGCACGGACCAGUCCUUCCUCGAUGCCGCCGCGGAGCACCUUUCCAUGGCUGCAGGAGGCGUGGGAUCUGGAAGCAAGCUCAUGACGCUCUGGGUGUUGCGCGCGGCCGGCGCCAUUGCCACUACCGGCUCUGUCGCGGAGGACGUCUUCCGGGUUGACGCCUACGUCCCCUUCUUUAGACGGGUAUCCCAGAAUGACGAGGUCAUGAUGAGCACGGCGCAGUACUUCCACGAUGCGGUGUCCGCGGUUUAUCCAGCGAAGGCAGCGUUGCUCGCCGGGAUGCAUCAUGAGCGAAGCCGCCAGUGGAAUCGGGUUGGCCAAUUUGAUGCGGACCUGGAUGAUGAGCUGGAGGCGGACAGCGUUUACUAG